AUGCCAGGGAAACAGGGAUUCAGAGGCAGAGGAGGGCAGUCUGGUGUACAGGGAGAGAUUGGCCCUUCUGGACCUGCUGGUUCACCAGGGCCCACGGGAUAUGAUGGAUCUGUUGGAGAUCUGGGGAGACAGGGAAAUGAUGGAUCUAAGGGAGAGAGAGGCCACCCUGGUAUCCAAGGUGCUUCUGGACUGAGAGGAGACAAGGGUCAGACUGGCCAAGGGGGAUUCGUUGGUUUUCCAGGACCUUUGGGGGAGAUGGGAAAAUCUGGAGAACCAGGGCCUGAAGGAGAGCCCGGUAUUAAGGGCCGACCAGGAGUCCCUGGAGGAACCGGGUUUAAAGGUCACAAGGGACAUCAGGGUGUUUCAGGGAGCAGAGGACAGGACGGCAUUCACGGUGCAUCUGGAUCGAUUGGACCAUCAGGAUCAGAUGGAGAUAAAGGACCUCAGGGUCCCCAAGGUUUACAGGGAAGGCCUGGUGCACCAGGAGUCCAAGGUCCCGUUGGAAAAAGCGGGGAACCAGGGAGCCUGGGCCUCACUGGCAAACCCGGAAAGCCUGGAAUCAGAGGUGUUAAAGGCAGAGAGGGUUCAGUAGGGCUUUACGGCAGUCCUGGAGAGAAGGUUGGUGGUUUGUAAAUGUACCAGUCACGUCAUGUGACACACCAUAUGAUGACAAAAUGUAAUGCAAUAAAAAGCUGAAAACAUUAUUAGCUGUAUUAAACAGUAAUCGGCUGCAGAAGCAAAAGUUUU